AUGCCUGAACCAGCCAAGUUGGCUCUGGUGCCCAAGAAGGGCUCCAAGAAAGCCAUGACCAAGAACCAGAAGAAGGAUGGCAAGAAGAAGAAUAAGAGAAAGAAGGAGAGUUAUGCCAUCUACUGUACAUGUAGAAGGUGCUCAAGCAGUUCCAUCCUGACAUCCAAGCCCAUGAGCAUCAUGAACUACUUUAUAGAGGUGGCGGAAGCACAGAUCCACAGAAUGAAUGAAGCAGAUCCUGAUAUUGCAGCCCCUCAUGUACUGCAUUCUCUCCAGCAAGGAAAACAUUAUGGUGCAUGGUAG